AACGUCUGGCUGUUAACAGCACUGAUGUGUCUUGAAGGAGUAGCGUAUCUGGACCAAGCAGAGGUGUUAACGUCAAAUUGUCAUUCACUGACCCGCAGGGUGUGUGGCGUGACCAGCUGUUCUACGAGAGAAUUCUAGGUGUACGAGGUGACACGAGAGCAAACAUAUGUUCAAGAUGUUCACAAGAGUAGAGUUGAAAGUUGCAGUUCGUUCUCUGCAACUUCUUAGUCACGGGUGGAGGUGUACACCUCUCGAGAGGACCGAGUGCAACCAUUUCUGGUAAUGUGCACGAUGCGCGGAGGCGACGCAUGCAGUCUAGCUUUUCUCAGGGAACCGACAAAGACAAUAGGAGAGCGCAAGCAGUUGAUGGAGUGUACAGACACGCAACAUUCGGUUGCUUGUUUGCACUUAUGCCUUUGCCUUGAUGUAGCGGAAAUGACGGUUGACAAUACUCUGUGGACGCCUGCAUCUUUAAUGCGCCUCGUUAUUGAGGCAACAUGCAUGCUCCUACUACUCGCGACUGCCAUCGGUAAUCUGUCGGGGUAUUCAUGGCUGCCGUAUUCUACGUUCCAGCAAGGCUUGCCAAAUGGAUACCCAUCAUCGUCUCAGCAAGCUAAAGCAUCAUCCGGAGCACCGGCUGGCGGGCUAACACUUAACGCCGCUGUGUUGCAGGAAGAAAUGCACAAAGCAAGGAUCCUUAUCUCGGCGUGCUAUGAUGAAAAGAGGAAAAGCCAGAGGGAGUUCCUGGUUUGCUUGGGCCGGGUCGAAUGUGACGUUGCGAGCCAAGCCACCAAUGUGGAUUUGAAGUCGGCGAGACACGUGCUCACCACCCCUCAUGGGCAGGAAAAGGCUUUGAAUGUGAUGCGCAGUGUUGUUUCGCAUUUUUCGAAGCAGUUAGGCACAUCGGACCUAUCAAAGAUAUUCGCUGAGGCUGGCAGAGUUGGGUUAGCGUGCGAUACCCUUCAAGUCUGAGCCGCCGCACAGGCCGUAUAAUUUUGACAGUUGCGGAGAAAGUUGCCCGAAGAAAGAAAUCGUCCAGAUUUUAGCGGAUGAAGCAGGAGAGCGAAAAUCACCCGCACCUGGGUUUCUCACCCAGUGCUCGCGGACACUGAGCUCGUCGGGCAGGCACUCCGUUUUUCUGAUGUUCGAAACGUUCCGGCACAGUUUUUUUCUGGAUGGAAGCUGCUGCGCCUGACAGUCUGUGGUGGACCAGGCCGAAGGACGGCUGAUGAAGGAAGCCACCUCAGUCAAUAUGUUCUUCGCAAGCGUAUGUACAUAUAAUUUGUUGUUUAUCUGCCCUUCUGGGGUAGGGAAAGGUAGUCAUGACCACUGUUGGACACAGAAUGGUCUGUGGUUAUGAUAAGUUCGCAGGGGGACCCUGUAGGUAAGUGACCGCGUUCGCGCUGUACGUCGCAGCCGUGCUGAAUCAACGUUAUCAGUUCAUGUGAUAGCGUGGGCACAGAACUGUUACAGCUUCCGAGCCAACACAAGUUCUAAGGCCUUGUACAGUGUGUCCGAACUGCAUGACUGCGGUCAAGGCACCGUAAUUGGAGGCGGCUGAUUACGAGCGGCAGCGUACAGUGUUCGGCGCAACGACACCUCUUGGUGUUGUUCACCGUUACUUUCACCCAUUCGGAGUCAUGUGCGCAUAUGUCUAUCAGUCGUCAUUUCAUUUCUGGAAGUCCGCCUCAACUUGGCGGAAACUGCACACCUCAGUUGCGAGCCAGGAAGACUUCGAAUUUUGACCUAAGUGGGAGACGUAAGCAGACGAGCGCGUUGACAAUUUCUUUAGCCUGUGGCAUUGCGCGGAAC